UGUUUCUCUGGAUCCAAGAAGUAAAGAAGAUAGUGCAACAUAUUCUACUAAUACUUGUGAUUGAGAAGAUCAUCUGUGGAGACAUACAAAUGGCAAUGACAUGGCAAGUAAGAUUUUUUAUACUAUCCCUUUUGUAUGGAGCAGGUUAUGGGCAGAUUCAGUAUUCAGUACAGGAAGAUCAGAAAGAGGGAUCUGUAAUAGGAAAUAUUGCAAAUGAUUUGAACUUGAAUGUUCAGGAAUUGUCAAUUAGAAAAUUCCAUAUUAUUUCUCGUACCAAACAGCAGUAUAUUGAUGUUAAUUUAGAAAAUGGAGACUUAUUUAUCAAGGAGAAAAUUGACAGAGAGACUUUCUGUGGUACUGAGAAAAUGUGCUUGCUAAACCUCAAAGCUGUAAUCGAAAAUCCUCUCCAGAUCUUCACCAUUAAAGUUGAAAUUGAAGACAUAAAUGACAAUGCACCGAGUUUUUCUAAGAAAUAUUUUGAAGCCGAAAUAAGUGAAUCUGCUUUGCCAAAUGCACGGUUUGCCCUUGGUUAUGCACAAGAUUCAGAUAUUGGAACCAAUUCAGUGCAGAGCUAUUCAUUAAGUGAAAAUGAAUAUUUUAUCCUUGGAGAAAAAACUAACAGUGAUGGGCAUGUAUAUCCAGAACUUGUGUUGGAGAAGCCUUUGGACAGAGAAAAGCAGAGUUCCAUUGAGUUGAGUCUAACUGCUUCUGAUGGAGGUAGCCCAAGGAAAACUGCUACAGCUUUAAUUAAAAUUGUAGUUCUUGAUGCCAAUGACAACUACCCUGCAUUUUCUCAGGACACAUACCAAGUGACCCUAAGUGAAAAUGCUCCAGAUGGCUUCUUGGUUAUCCAAUUGCAGGCUACUGAUGACGACGAUGGUUCCAAUGCACAAAUAACGUAUUCAUUCAGUCACAUUUCUGAGAAAGGUGACCAGAUCUUUCAGAUAAAUACUGAAAAUGGGGAGAUAAAAAAAAUUGGAGCGCUGGACUACGAAGUAACAAAAAAUUAUAAGAUAACCGUGGAAGCUAAAGAUGGCGGCGGUUUAUUUUCUUAUUGCGAAGUGUCAGUUCAAAUCAUCGAUGCUAAUGAUAAUACACCCGAGAUACAAAUCAAUUCAUUCUUAAGUGUAAUUCCAGAGGAUUCUCCACCUGAGACAGUCAUAGCGUUAAUUAAUAUCCAUGAUUUGGACUCAGGAGAGAAUGGUGAAGUUGUCUGUCAGAUCUCCGACACGCUGCCGUUUCAGUUAAUAUCACUGACUGAGAGUUACUACAAAAUUGUAACUUUAUCGAGAAUGGACAGGGAAAUAAUUCCUGAAUAUAAUAUCUCAAUCAUUGCCAAAGAUAAAGGAACGCCAUCCCUGUCCUCCACCAAGAUAAUGCAGGUCAUUUUAACAGACGUUAACGACAACAUCCCUGUUUUUGAAAAAGCAAAUUACGUAGCCUAUGUACCUGAAAAUAACUCCCCAGGAAUGGCUGUGCUUCGUGUCAAUGCCUUAGAUCUUGAUAUUAAUGAAAAUGGGCAAAUUGUUUAUUCUAUUAUAAAUACAGACAUCCAGGAUAUCUCCAUAUCUUCCCAUGUUUCAAUAAACUCAGGAACUGGAGUUAUUUAUGCCCUACAUGGUUUUGACUACGAGCAGAUGCGAGAAUUUCAGUUUCAGGUAAUGGCUAAAGACAGCGGGAUCCCGUCACUGAGCAGCAAUGCCACCAUUAGAGUUUGUAUAACUGAUAAGAAUGAUAAUUCUCCAAAGAUUCUCUAUCCAUCAUCAGACACUGAAGGAACAGCCGUCUAUGAAUUAAUUCCUCACUCCUCAGAGAAAGGCUACCUAGUAACCAAAGUGAUUGCAGUCGAUGCUGACUCAGGGCACAAUUCAUGGCUUUCCUAUCAUUUAAUUCAGGUUCAAGAUCCUUCGAUUUUUACGAUUGGUCAGUACACAGGGGAAAUUAGAUUAACACGUGAUUUUCAAGAAACGGAUUCUUCAAGGCAAAAAAUUGUGGUGAUGGUAAAAGAUAACGGGGAACCCUCUCUAUCUGCUACAGUCACACUAAACCUACUUAUAGCUGAAAAUUUUCAAGUUAUUCCCGAGAUAAGUAACACGCCUAUCAAGUUGGAUACACCUGAUGUAACCUUUUACCUAGUCAUAGCCAUUGCAAUCAUUUCCUUUUUAUUCAUUUUAGCUGUGAUUGGUACAGUCAUUUCUAAAUGUAGAUCAUCUAGCUCUCCAGGAACUUUUGGAACUUUAACUAGAAACAUAUAUCCACAAUAUGCUUUUCAAUACCCAUCCCAAGUGAGUGAUGGAACCUUACCAUUGCCUUUCUCCUAUGAUGUAUGUGUUGCACUGGAUUCAACCCAGAAUGAGUUUCCCUUUCUCAAGCCAAGCCAGAAUGUUCCAACUGACAAUCUCAUUGAUACUGGUGAUUCAUCUACUGGUAAUGAUUCCUUAAAAGAAGCUCUACCUGACAGCAGUCUUUCACAGGUAAGCUACUCUGAAUGGCUAAUUCAUUUUUAA